CGCCUCUGAAAACCAAGAUGGCUGAUUACAGUGGAGGUGCGACUUGGAGCUCAUGGCUAGACUCAGCAAACUUUUCCAAUAAACUAUUUUGAAUUUUUGCAAAGAACAUCUAUUUUCGGUAUGCGCGUCCCGAAAUUUUGACAUAUAAAAUUUGGCAGCUUGGAAAAACAAAGCCGAAAAAUGCGAGCCCGGGAAAUAAAUCAGGAGCGUCGUUCGAAAGGCGAGGAAUAUACGACGACAAAGGGCAAAAAAAUGCAAGGAGCAAAACAGCCUUCUCCUGAGUUGAAAUGCAAAUGUAGAUUGAAGUGCUCGACCCUAUCGCACCGUCAUCGUUUAAUUCUCUUCGAGCAGUACCGAUCAAUCGACAGAAAAGCACAGCGAGCAUAUUUGGAUAAUCUCGUUGAUGUUAUUCCCGUUCAAAGAGCAACCACGUCGCAGCCAAGCCGUCGCCAAGUGACCACUAUUUAUCAACUCCAGGAUGAAGAGGGACGGUCAGUUUCUGUCUGCAAAUCGACAUUUCGGGACACUUUUGGCCUUGGCAGAGGAGAAUUGGACGUCUUACGUGACAAAUCGAAACAUAAGAGACUCGGACGACAAGAUGACGAAAUUGCACAAUUUCCGAAACGCAGCAGAUUCUCUUCGGAACACGACAAUACAAACAGAGAAGGUCUCAGCGAAUACCAAUUGAGGGACGCCAAUCCACUGAAAGACGACAACUUGUCCAAUGAUCCUUCAGAAUUUUCGCCGCUUUUGAAAGCAAAAAUUCAAUCGGAAAAUUUAAGGCUAGAGAACAUUUACAAUGCAGACGAGUCAAGAAUUCUCUGGCGAUUAUUGAUGGCGUGCACUUUUCCUCUACAUUUGGAGGAGGAAGAAGAAGCCCCGCUUAGAAAAGGAAACAAGGAUCAUAUCACAGCUCUAUUCUGUGCCAAUGCCUCUGGAAGUCAUCAAAUUCCACUGUUGAUAAUUGGAAGAUCUAGAACUCCAAACAGUCUGAUACAUCAUAUACCAAAAAAUUUAAAAGAUUUACGCUUGAAAAACUUGGAAAAACUUGGGGUUAUUUACACAUACCAGGCCUGCGCAUGCAUGGACAGAUGCAUAUUUAUGCUAUGGUACAAGGAUGAGUUUAUCCCGCGAGUUUUAGCACGCCAAAGAAAGGAUGGAAUAACGGGAAAGGUCGUUCUGCUCCUCGACAAUGCUCUAUCACAUCCACAUUUGAAUGAACUGAACGCAAUAAACGAAAAUUUUGAAGUCCUAUAUUUGCCUGCGAAUGGGACGGCAUUGAUUCAACCCAUGGAGCAGGGAUUAAUCGCGACAACGAAAAAACUCUUCAAGCGAGAUUUGUUGAGAGGCCUAUUGCUCAGUGAAAGACCGAAAGGAGCUGUUGCAUUUUUAAAAGAAUUGAACCUUCCCGACUGCUUUGUCACGCUCAGCCUCGCCUGGGACGCUCUGAAAUUAUCUUCUCUUAAAAAAGCGUGGAAACCGCUCUUGGGCGACUUAAUCUUUCGUCAGUCGUUUCCUCGACAAGAGACCAUCAAUAUAAAACAAGAGGAGGAGGAGGAGGAGGAGGAGGAGGAGGAGGAGGAGGAGGAUCCUCUAUCGAUCGAUUAUGGAGUUGAAACGGAAUUUCAAACUGAUUCAAUUAGUUUUCCUCAUGAAAUUUUCGAUCAAGUGUCUGAAUUGUUGUCGGGACCAGACUAUUCUGUCCAAGAAUCAAGAGAAUUUCUCCUGAAAUGGUUUGAAAAUGAUGAAAAUGAUAAAAUUUGCGAUUGGGAGUCAUCGAGUGGUAGACGCGAGCCUGCAACAGCACCUAAAAUCCCGAAGAGCAAAACUGUGUUUGAAAAUUCGGAAAUGACGAAUUUUGUCACAUGCGGCCGACUCGAGUCUGAAAUUGAAAUUAAAAUGGAGAACAGCGAAACUAUGUUUGAAAAUUCAGAUAUUGUAAAUGAUAUUGCAGAUGGUAGCAGUGAGCCUGAAAUUGAAAUUAAAAUCGAAAAUAGUGAAACUAUGUUUGAAAGUGCUGAAACUAUGGAAAUAAUGCCGUCAGAGAUUGAGCCUAAAAUUAUGACUAAAGUUGAAAAUAGCGAAACUCUGUUUGAAAAUUAUGAACCUGUAAAAAUAUCAUCGUCAGAGGCUUUUGAUCAUCUCAUGAAGCUUAAAGAUUGGGUGAAAUCGGAAGCAGAUUGUUUACCGAAACAUCUGGAUUGUAUUAGAGUAUUAGAGAAUUUUAUAAAAAAAGCGUAAGGUAUGUUAAAUUGACAUGACAAUAUCGAGGUAUGGAAAAGUUAAUGUAAAUAGAAAUAUGACCUAUUAUUUCA